GCCGAGCUUCAGAGCUCUGGGGACACCCAGUGCCUCCUGCUUUACAGUGAGUGAGUGCCCAAAGGAAGGUAGAGGAAUGGCCCUGAGUUCAUCAGGCUCGCAUCCUCACUCACUCAUCAUCCUUGUCCUUCGACGACCACACCGAGGUGCUGCCAUGCUGUAGGUGAGGAACCGUGCGGAAUCACUCGAUUUUGGGUCGUGUCUGGAUUCCUCAGUCCGGGUUUUGGAGGUUUUGGGAGGUCUUGUGGUCUCAUACGUCGGAGUCUACAAUCUCGGUUGGCACACUUGCGCGAACGGAGCAAGACAGGAGUUCGUCUGCUGUCCCCAACAUUAGUUCUGAUGUCGAGCGACAGUGGUACUAUGGAUGGCGAACCCAAAGGUGGCCCUGAAAUGGAGGAAAGUAUUGCAGAUCGAGUUGCAAGCUUGGUCGAGAGUUGUAGGUUGUUAAAAGAUGCCGCAUCGGCACAUUCCACGAGAUGGCAACAUGAGACAGAUGCUCUAAGCAAGCAGGCUGUCACCCACGUCAAUACUUUGAAGAAACUUCAAGGAGACGUGAGCUCCGCCAGUGAGAAGGAUGAUAUCAACCAACAAACGACUGAUAAGCUGGAGGAGGAACUUUACAAAGCACGGACUAUGCUUUACGAUGGAGACGUGGCAACUUUACUUCCUGCCAAGGCCAACGGUUUUUUUCUCCGAAUGCUGCUUGGACCUGCUAAUGUCAGGGCAACACGCAAGGAUAGUCGAUAUAAAGUGAAAGAGGAAUACAAUGCUUACAGAGAUAGAACAGCAGUGAUGUUUCUUGCGUUUCCGGUCAUUUUGCUUAUUUUGAAGAACAGAAUAUGGAAUGGAUGCUUUCCAGCUUUGCCAGUCCAAGUAUACCAGGCUUGGUUAUUGUUUUUCUACACUAGUUUAGCACUGCGGGAAAAUAUUUUGAGAGUCAACGGUAGUGACAUACGACCAUGGUGGGUGUAUCAUCAUUAUUGUGCGAUGGUGAUGGCAUUAGUGAGUCUUACCUGGGGAAUCCAAGGUCAUCCUAGUUGCAUACGCAAACAGCAAGGGGUGCGGCUGUUCCUUGGUUGGGCUGUGAUGCAAGGUGUGGCUAUGCUACUACAGAACCGUUAUCAGCGUCGACGCCUAUAUACUCGAAUUGCUCUUGGGAAGGCUGGAAGGAUGGAUGUUGUAUGGGGAGAGACGGCCGGUGUUAAAGGGCAACUUUGGGUUUUAUAUCCUCUCCUCUUUAUUCUACAGGGUUUUCAGUUUUUUAUUGGAAUCCUUCUGCUGAAGACUGCUAUUCUGGAGGAUGAAUCCGAGUGGCAGAUGGUGGUUUGUGGGUUGUUGUUGAUUCUAAUGGCGUGCGGCAAUUUUGUCAACACAGUUGCUACUUUAGUUGCAAAAGCCAAAAUCAAGUCCAAGAUGAAAAAGAAAGGCAAACAGGUGCUGCAGCGCAUGACGUCAAAGAAAAGUUUAUGAAUGCAUUUUACAACUGUGUAAAUAGUAGCAUACAUCACUUUCUCAGUUUGUGUUCCUGUUGGAAUCCACGUGAGUUUUUCUUAUCCAAAUCAUGAAUAAUCAUCUAUAGGCCGCAACAGCUUUGUUUUGCCACAAUCACUUUCCUUCUGAGACCAAGAAGUUGUGAACGAGAGAGUUGCAUAUGUUUGAGACCAGGAUAGUUUGUUGAAUUUGUAAUUCUAUUAUUGUACUUUAAUUUGAUCAGCUGUCAGUAGACUGCGAUGGACUUGUAGAAGGAUCUGUGUUCUCUGCGGUUGGUUGGCACAGCCCACGAGCAACAGGAAGACAUCUUUGAAUGUUCAUUGGUAAUGAUAACCAUUCGAGAGUUUUGUCUUAACUAUGUUAUUUCAAGAUGAAUAUGGAUUUUGAAACUACCGAUUC